GGCCGGCAGGGGCCGCUCCUCGCGCCGCCGCCGCCGCCUCCCCGCCCCUUGCCCAGCCGGCGCUCCCGUUACGCCGCGGAGCCGGGAGCCGGGAGCCGGGAGCCGGAGCCGGAGCCCGAGCCCGAGCCCGAGCCCGAGCCCGCGGCAGCGGCGGGAGCGGCGAGGGGGCGCCGGCGGCGGCGGGGCCUGCGCGCGGGCGGGCGGGCGCCAUGGCCUCCAAGAAGGCGGGCUCGCGGCUGGAGACGGAGAUCGAACGCUGCCGCUCCGAGUGCCAGUGGGAGCGGAUCCCCGAGCUCGUCAAGCAGCUGUCGGCCAAGCUCAUCGCCAACGAUGACAUGGCAGAACUCCUCCUCGGGGAGUCGAAGCUGGAGCAGUACCUGAAGGAGCACUCCCUGCGGCAGGGCGCCAGCCCCCGAGGCCCCUGGCCCCAGCUGACCGAGGUCCGCAAGCACCUGACCGCCGCCCUGGACCGAGGGAACCUCAAGUCAGAGCUGCUACAAGAAUCCAAUCUGAUCAUGGCCAAGCUGAACUACGUGGAAGGAGAUUAUAAGGAAGCUCUCAACAUCUACGCGCGGGUGGGCCUCGACGACUUGCCGCUGACAGCCGUCCCUCCCUACAGGCUGCGGGUCCUGGCGGAAGCCUACGCAACCAAAGGACUUUGUUUAGAGAAGUUGCCUGUUUCCUCUUCUACCAGUAACCUCCACGCGGACAGGGAACAGGAGGUCAUCACCUGCUAUGAGAAAGCGGGGGACAUCGCGCUCCUGUACCUCCAAGAGAUAGAAAGGGUAAUACUUACUAAUAUUCAAAACAGAAGCCCUAAGCCUGGCCCUGCUCCCCACGAUCAAGAACUAGGUUUUUUCCUAGAAACAGGACUUCAGAGAGCCCAUGUCCUCUAUUUCAAAAAUGGGAUAGAUGUGCAUGAAGACCAACAGAACUUGACCAGAGGAGUGGGGAGGUUCAGAGAGCUCCUCAGAGCGGUAGAGACGAGAACAACUCAGAACCUGCGAAUGACCAUAGCGAGGCAGCUGGCGGAGAUCCUGUUACGGGGGAUGUGUGAACAGAGCUACUGGAACCCUCUGGAGGACCCGCCGUGCCAGUCGCCUCUGGACGACCCUCUCCGAAAAGGAGCCAACACAAAAACCUACAGCCUCAGCCGGAAAGCCCGCGUCUACUCAGGAGAGAACAUUUUUUGUCCUCAAGAAAAUACCGAAGAGGCCCUGUUGUUAUUGCUGAUUAGUGAAUCUAUGGCCAACCGGGACGCCGUGCUGAGCCGGAUCCCCGAGCACAGGAGCGACCGCCUCAUCAGUCUGCAGAGCGCCUCGGUGGUCUAUGACCUGCUGACCAUUGCUCUCGGGCGAAGAGGCCAGUUUGAGAUGCUGUCGGAGUGCUUAGAGAGAGCCAUGAAGUUCGCCUUCGAGGAGUUCCACCUCUGGUACCAGUUUGCUCUGUCACUCAUGGCGGCCGGAAAAUCUGCCCGUGCCGUGAAGGUGCUGAAGGAAUGCAUUCGGCUGAAGCCCGAUGACGCCACCAUCCCGCUGCUGGCCGCCAAGCUGUGCAUGGGCUCCCUUCACUGGUUGGAAGAGGCUGAGAAGUUUGCCAAAAUUGUCGUUGAUGCGGAAGAGAAAACGUCCGAGUUCAAGGCCAAAGGCUACUUAGCGCUGGGGCUCACGUACAGCCUGCAGGCCACUGACGCUUCGCUGCGAGGGAUGCAGGAGGUCCUGCAGAGAAAGGCGCUUCUUGCGUUUCAGAGGGCCCACAGUCUGUCACCUACAGAUCACCAAGCCGCUUUCUACCUCGCUCUGCAGCUCGCCAUCUCCAGACAGAUACCGGAGGCUCUGGGGUAUGUCCGCCAGGCUCUUCAGCUUCAAGGCGAUGAUGUCAACUCCCUGCACCUGCUCGCCCUCCUGCUGUCGGCCCAGAAGCACUCCCACGACGCGCUGAGCAUCGUGGACAUGGCCCUGAGCGAGUACCCGGAGAACUUCCUACUGCUGUUCUCCAAAGUGAAGUUGGAGUCGCUGUGCCGGGGCCCGGAUGAGGCGCUGCUCACUUGCAAGCACAUGCUACAAAUAUGGAAAUCCUGCUACAACCUAACCAACCCCAGUGACUCUGGACGCGGGAGCAGCCUCUUAGAUAGAACCAUUGCGGACAGGCGGCAGCUCAAUACGAUCACCUUGCCAGACUUCAGCGACCCGGAGACAGUGUCAGAUUCCUCCUCCUCCUCCUCUUCUCUUUCAAGAAUCGAAUCUCCUCUCCACCUGUUUGUAUCUUCUCAUCUUCAUUCUCAUCCCAAACCCGAUACCUUUGUGUGGCCCUCCGCAGCUCACUCAUUCCAUGGCCCAGGUCCCCGCCAGGAACCCUCUCGGUGCAACUCUCCAGAAGUAUACUUUCAUGGUUUUCCCUCCCUUUUUUCAGUUAGCUCGAUCCACGCCACAUCCGUGGCGGCCUCCCGCGUGGAGCAGGCGCUGUCCGAAGUGGCCUCGUCUCUGCAGAGCAGCACCCCCAAGCAGGGCCCGCUGCACCCCUGGAUGACACUGGCACAGAUCUGGCUCCACGCAGCCGAAGUCUACAUCGGCAUUGGGAAGCCAGCAGAAGCCACAGCCUGUACCCAGGAAGCUGCCAACCUCUUCCCCAUGUCCCACAACGUCCUGUACAUGCGAGGCCAGGUGGCCGAGCUCCGAGGAAACAUCGACGAAGCCCGGCGGUGGUACGAGGAGGCCUUAUCCAUCAGCCCCACCCACGUGAAGAGCAUGCAGCGACUGGCCCUGAUCCUUCAUCAGCUGCGCCGCUACAGCCUCGCGGAGAAGAUUCUCCGGGACGCGGUGCAGGUGAACUCCACGGCCCACGAGGUCUGGAACGGGCUGGGCGAGGUCCUCCAGGCUCAGGGCAAUGACACAGCCGCCACCGAGUGCUUCCUGAUGGCCUUGGAGCUGGAGGCCAGCAGCCCCGCGGUGCCCUUCACCAUCAUCCCCCGGGUGCUCUGAGCAGGCGCCCGGCAGCCUCGCACCCACCUGGGGUGCCCCGAGGGGACAAGUCUGCCACACCGAGGCCCUGGGCGGACGUGCGACUGGCCACAGUGAUCUGGCCAGACGACCCCGCAUCAUCGCUCUCCCGCGUGCACGCCUGUGGCCUCGGCCGCCCAAUGACCGUUUCUGAAUCUACUGACGUUGCUCAACAUGGAUUAUGUGCCAUAUCUUGUUAGUUGACAUCUGAAUUUUAAGUAACAUGGUUAUGGAAAUAAUCCGCAAAUGUAGAAGAAUAUACUCAAAGUUAAAAUUCAGUGGCAGCACAGAUUAUUUUUAUCAGAGCUGUAAAGAAAGCUGUUCUCUCCUCCUCGCCCCCCUGCCCCACCCCUGGCCCAGAAACCAAAUGUGAAUCUUCUUUUCCCACCUCAGUGCUAGUCCAAGCCAGGACUCGGGCCAACGAGUUCUUGGUUUUGUUGUCGAUACUUGUACCAUGUGAUGAAUUACUGUCCUCACUUAGAACAAAGCCUGAGUCCAAGAAUAUUUAUAUUUUGCCAAUAUAUGCCUGUUACAAGAGAAGGAAAUAUGAGUUAUUUAAGUUUAACUUUUUUAUGUGAAUUCAGAGUUUAUUUAUCAAUGGAAAGAUGUACAAAGAAGCUUCAGAUGGAAUAUUUACCGACAUUCCUUAUACAUGACAGACACUUGGCUAAUGGGAAGAUGAUGUUAAUAAUAAAAAGAUUUUUAAAUGGA